ACAACCCAGCUGGUCUAUAUGUGGUACCAGUGGUUGGAUGGUCAGCUGGUCUAUAUGUGGUACCAGUGGUUGGAUGGUCAGCUGGUCUAUAUGUGGUACCAGUGGUUGGAUGGUCAGCUGGUCUAUAUGUGGUACCAGUGGUUGGAUGGUCAGCUGGUCUAUAUGUGGUACCAGUGGUUGGAUGGUCAGCUGGUCUAUAUGUGGUACCAGUGGUUGAAUGGUCAGCUGGUCUAUAUGUGGUACCAGUGGUUGGAUGGUCAGCUGGUCUAUAUGUGGUACCAGUAAGUUGAAAUACAAACCUCUUUGCAGAUUAUUAUUUCACAGGGAAAAGCAGAUUUCACCGAUUGGGCUGGACGAAGUACUCUGACCCUUUACGGCAGUGACGGUACAAAUAACACACCUUAUUGGUGGAAAGUGCUCCAUGUGCACUGACUGUCCUGUUAAACUGGUUUCAAGUCUCACUGAUCCCACUGCGCCCACACCUGGACUCAUUCACACACACACAGUAUCGUCUCCUCAUGAUGUCCGUCUCCUGCAGAAAUGAAGACAAUGCGAGAGCUGAAUUUCAGUCCUGUAAAAGUACUGAUGCAAAACACAGAGUUCAGUUCUACGACAGCUGGGCAGAAAACUACGAGAAGGACGCAAGCCUGAUGUGCUACCGAGCUCCACACCUGGCCGUGGACUUCCUGUCCAGCAGCUUCUCGGGGAGUCGAGGAGCCGCUCGUGUUCUGGACGUGGCCUGUGGGUCCGGGUUGGUCGCAAAGCUGAUGUUAGAACUGGGCUUCAAGCACUUUGUGGGAGUGGACGGCAGUCAAGGUAUGCUGGACCAAGCUGCUAAGACCGGGAUCUACGAGGAGCUCAGACUGGCCUUACUGGGAGCAGAGCCACUGCCAGCAAAGAUUGGUGCGUUUGAUGUGGUGAUCAUGGUUGGCGCUCUGGAUCCGGGUUUUGCACCAGUCAGUGUUGUGAGGGAGCUCUGCCAGGCCGCCAAACCAGGUGGUUUGAUCUGCAUGUCGAGAGGCGACCACAGAGGACCAGCAGGACGUGAAUACAAGAAGGAUCUGGAGGCAGAGCUGCAGCUGAUGGAGGAGGAGGACCUGUGGAGUCCAGUAGGACUCAAACGCACCAACAGAUACAUGAAGGACCCUCAUCUGAAGCCAGAGGAGAUCCAGCAGCUGCAGCUGGAGGAGUGUUACCUAAGUGGGACUGCUUAUCUCUACAAGAAGCACAGCCGUUAAAGCAAAGGCUCAAUCAGAGAGCUGAGGUAGCCCAUGGCUUUAGAUAUGAAAACAUAAUACAAUAUAGAGAAAUGCUGUGGAAAAAUAUUGUUCUGUGUAGGUUAUUUUGUGGUUGUAGUUUAAAUUUGGUCAAUUUUGAGUGUGUUUACAAUUUUGAUCUUAAAAGCAAAAUGGUAGAAGCUUGAUUAGAUAUCAGGGGUAUAAUGAAAUCUUAGGACUCAGUUGGGGCUUUUGGGAUAAUAAGUUACUCAUUGGUGCAGGAGGGCUGAUCUAGAACUGGGGUCUCAAACUCAUUUCAUGUUUGGGCCAGAUGCAGCCCCCGACCGAACGCCAGCUAGACCAUCACGGUCGGCGGGGGGGGGGCUGGCGGCGCUGACGGUCCGACCGGCGAAAGGUACGGUCGCGCUGACGGUAAGUCGGCCGAACCCCCCUGCUGGCGGGCCGGAGUUUGAGACCCCUGAUCUAGAAGGGUUUUUAUUGAAUACAGGACCAAACGUUUUCUUGUGUCAACGACUAGAGUCGCUCAAGGGGGGAAUGUUUCUUCAUGUUCACUCACGUUACGCAAGGAGACACAACGCGAGGGUCUGACAACCAGACUGAGUUAGUCCAGCAUCAACAAGCAGGUCGAGGGGCAGGUGAAGGACAAGGAGAAGGACAGUGGGACGACACCAACAGGAGGAGAGUCACGCCAAAGACAUGUAUAAACUAAUGUGUUGUAUCAUCACCUCGUUGGUGUCUUUCCUCUGAACUGAAGGAUCUCCAGUGUGUUCUA